AUGAACAAGUUAAGGCCCAAAUCUCUUAGACCAACUGAAGCCCGUGUACUGUCUCAAAUCGACCAGGCAAGCCAAUUUUUAGCUGGCUUCCACAGGCAGCAUGGGAGGCACACCGGAGGAUCAGGAAUGAAAGGAAUGAUUGUGAAGUUAUCUGUCGCUGCUGUGGUUCUCUUGAUCUGUACGCUCUCCUUGUUCUUCUCCUCGACAGGAACUUCGAAUGUUCAAUCCAACUAUCGCUCCGAGAUCCAUUUAGAAGAGCUCUGGAGCAACGCUGAUUCCGGCGGUUGGCGGCCGUCGUCUGUUCCGCGAACUCAUUGGCCCUCUCCUCCGAAUGAGAGCAAUGGCUAUUUGCGUGUUCGAUGUAACGGUGGGCUGAAUCAACAGCGCAGUGCGAUCUCUAAUGCUGUUCUUGCUGCGCGGAUAAUGAAUGCUACGUUAGUGUUACCUGAGUUGGAUGCGAACUCUUUUUGGCAUGACGACAGUGGUUUCUAUGGUAUUUAUGAUGUGGAGCAUUUCAUCAAAACACUGAGGUAUGAUGUUAAGAUUGUUGAAAGCAUUCCAGAAAAUCAGAAAAAUGGCAAAAAGAAGAAAAUAAAGGCAUUUCAGAUUCGUCCUCCUAGAGAUGCUCCUAUAAGUUGGUAUACUAAUGAUGCUUUGAAGAAAAUGAAGGAACAUGGUGCCAUCUAUCUUACUCCCUUUUCACAUCGCUUAGCUGAAGAAAUUGACAAUCCUGAGUACCAAAGGUUGAGGUGUAGAGUCAACUAUCAUGCUUUAAGAUUCAAGCCACAUAUCAUGAAGCUAAGUCAAUCAAUUGUAGAUAAACUUCGAGCACAAGGUCCCUUCAUGUCCAUACAUCUUCGGUUUGAGAUGGACAUGUUGGCAUUUGCUGGAUGCUUCGAUAUAUUUACACCCGAGGAGCAAAAGAUUUUGAAGAAGUAUCGAGAAGAAAAUUUUGCUCCUAAAAGACUUGUCUAUAACGAAAGAAGGGCUAUUGGGAAAUGCCCGUUGACUCCCGAGGAGGUUGGUCUCAUUCUGCGUGCAUUGGGUUUUGACAAUUCUACUAGGAUAUAUCUUGCAGCUGGUGAAUUGUUUGGAGGGGAUCGAUUUAUGAAGCCAUUUCGAAGUUUGUUCCCUCGACUUGAGAAUCAUUCUUCUGUGGAACACUCUGAAGAGCUAGUUGAAAACACUAGGGGAUUGGCAGGUUCUGCUGUGGAUUACAUGGUCUGUCUUCUUUCUGACAUCUUCAUGCCAACUUAUGAUGGCCCUAGCAACUUUGCCAACAAUCUCCUUGGGCAUCGUCUAUAUUAUGGUUUCCGUACUACUAUCAGACCUGAUAGAAAAUCUCUUGCCCCUAUCUUCAUCGAUAGGGAAAAUGGGCGUACAGCUGGUUUUGAUGAAGCUAUUAGGAAAGUCAUGCUGACAACAAACUUUGGAGAACCUCAUAAGCGUGUUUCUCCAGAGUCUUUCUAUACUAAUUCUUGGCCUGAAUGCUUCUGCCAAACAUCUGCAAAGAACCCUGAAAACAAAUGUCCCCCAAAUGAUAUUUUAAAUAUUAUGAAUAACCAAUUAGAGAAAACAGAGACAGACGCUAAUUCUACAGUAUCUUGA